AAUUUUUUACUUAUUUCAUUUGCUAUUCUAUUGUUGGAGUUGGAGAUGCCAUUGACAGUGAAAUCAGUCACUUCUGUCUGCUUCUCUCAUCAGUUACUUUAUUACCUACAUUCCCUAUUUUUGUCUUCAAUUUAGAUUUCCUUUCUCUCUCUUCUUUAAGCUAUUGAUUGAUGAUUUCUUUUGUAGAAAUGCAUCUAAGUAGGCAUAACCAGAUCAAAUCAAGACUUCAGAUGCAAAUUUUGAAGCUUUGGUGACAUGGGUGUUUGAGAUGCAAAAUUGGGCUCAAAUGUUUGUCGAAAUACCUGAGUGAGAUUUAGUAAAUUAGAGUUCUUUGUAAAAAGGAAAAAAAAAUGAGAGAUUUUCCGUCUUGCUUUGGUGAAAAUGGGGUACAAGUUGCUGAUUCUUCAUCUUCAAAUACCAGUAAAAAUGCGCAGAAUUUGGUUACUUGUGUGUAUCAAUGUCGAAUUCGAGGUCGCUCUUGCUUGAUCACUAUUACCUGGAGUAAAAAUUUGAUGGGUCAAGGCCUAAGUGUAGGAAUGGAUGAUUCUGCUAAUAGGUGUUUAUGCAAGGUUGAUAUUAAACCUUGGUUGUUUUCGAAAAGAAAAGGGUCCAAGAGUUUAGAAUCAUAUUCUUGUAAAAUUGACAUUUAUUGGGACCUUUCAUCGGCUAAAUUUGGAUCUGGGCCUGUACCGUUAGAGGGAUUUUACGUGGGUGUUGUUGUUGACAGGCAAAUGGUUCUCCUUCUGGGGGAUAUGAGAAAGGAAGCUUUUAAGAAAACUAGUGCCACUCCCAUUUCUUCUGAUGCAGUUUUUGUUUCCAAGAGAGAACAUGUGUUUGGCAAGAAGGCUUUUAGCACAAAGGCUCAGUUUUGUGACAAUGGUCAAAUUCAUGAUCUUGUGAUUGAAUGUGACACAAUUGGUACCAGUGAUCCGUGCCUUUUGAUCCGUCUGGAUUGUAAGACUGUGAUGCAAGUGAAACGGUUGCGGUGGAAGUUCCGUGGGAAUCAUACCAUUUUGGUUGAUGGAAUGGCAGUGGAAGUUCUUUGGGAUGUUCACAAUUGGCUCUUUGGCACCUCUGUUGGAAAUGCUGUUUUUAUGUUCAAGACAUGCCUUUCAGCUGAGAAGUUAUGGUCAAGCCAACUACUCACAGAUCCAAAUGUGUUGCCAUGGUCUUUCUCACAUAGAUUUCUGGAUUCCAAAUCACAAAAUCUUGAUUUUUCGCUGAUUUUGUAUGCUUGGAAGAAUGAGUAGAAAAUCAGAAAAUUUUCUUUUGAGUGCUAACUGAACAAUUAGGAGUCGUGAUUUUUAUUUAUUAUGUGAUUGAUUACACUUAGUUUGACAGUUUUCUUCUUUCUUUUUUGGUCCUGUUGAAUUGAGCAAUUGAAUUGAUACAAUUUCAUGUUCUCAGUUGUCUGUACAUCCUUACCAAAUUGUUCCUUAAGUUGGUUUUGAUUUUAACAAAUCCAUCAUCAACAAAAUACUAAAAUUCUGGGUUGGACCUUUUCAGUUUGUUCAUGUGAAAUGUAGCAUUUAGAACAUCCUGGCUUAUUGGCUUUUGAGUUGAAGUCUCCCUUAUGGUCAUUCUACAGCAGGCUACGUCUUAGCACAAGUAUGGGCUCCUUUUCCUGGAGGUAUUUCAACUAAUGCCAACAUUUGUUAUUGUUAACUUACCAGGCAUUGAGAAUUGGAAUUAAUGUUUUUGCAUUGCAGAUACACUGAUUAUUGCUUCUAAUGGAGGAAUAAACAUUCAAGAUGAGAGCAUGCUUCCAGUUCAUAUAUGAUGAUUGUCUCAUACUGUAAUGUCGCACAGGAACUUAAAUAUAUGUAAAUGAUCCAAUUUGGGCAUGUGGAUAUUGGUAUGAAAUUCUGACCCCUCUUUUAGCAUCUUAUCCUUGUUCACAUGAUUUAGUAUCCAUGGAACUUUACUGCAAUCUUAUACUCAAUUAGCCAUCUCUAUUA